AUAUUGUCGCACGUUUGUACGCAAAAAAAAACAUCACAUCAAACAUGAGAUCCAGAACAAAAUGUCUGUACUAUUUCUUUGUGAUUCUAUUAGAAGUGGCGUUUAUUAGAUGCCAGUGUGGUAUAAUACCAAGAACAUGUCCGCCAAUCACUGAUAUCUACAGAACAUUCGAUGGUACAUGUAAUAACGUCGAAUAUCCAUGGUGGGGUACGGCUUACUCAGAAUACGACAGGAUACAACCAGCUUGUUACGGAGAUGACAUUUCAACACCCAGAAAAGCCCAAAACGGUGACGAUCUUCCUAAUCCAAGAAGUGUGAGAUUAGCUUGUUUACCAGAGAAUCAUGUGGAUAAAGAUGAGGAAAUUACUCGUGUUUUUAUACCAAUAUUACAAUUUUUUCAACAUGAUAUCAUCUCAAGCUACAAGUCUGCUGGAGAUAGUUCUAGCUGUUGUAGUAAAAAUUUACAAAAAUUAUCCAAAGAACCUGAUCAUUGUGUGAAUAUGGUGAUAUCAGAAGAAGAUCCCCUGUAUAUUAGAUACAACAUCACGUGUGUACCCAUGGUUAAAAUGAUUAAUAAUAUUGAUAUCGAUUGUGAUAGUGAGAAUACACAGGCCGAGCAGAUAAAUAAAGCUACUCAUUUUAUGGAUCUGUCGAAUCUGUAUGGAACCAAUGAGGAUGAAAAUUUCGCUCUUAGAACGGGGGCUGGAGGAAAAUUAUUACUAGAAAAUAGAAACGGUUUUGAUUAUCUCCCAAAUGAUCCUACAGGAUCGACAUGUCAAAUUCCAGAUAAAAAGAAGGAAAUUUGUUACAAAACAGGUAAUAAGCUUCAGAAACCUUACUAG